CUCCCCGCAGCUGCUCUGGUGCUUGCCCGCCCGAUCGCCCGCCAUGGCCAGCAUUAAGGACCUCGAGGGGAAGUGGCGCCUGACGGAGAGCCAAGGCUUUGAGGAGUACAUGAAGGAGCUAGGAGUGGGACUAGCUCUCAGGAAAAUGGGUGCCAUGGCCAAACCAGACUGCAUCAUCACUUGUGACGGCAACAAUAUCACCAUCAAGACUGAGAGCACUUUGAAGACAACUCAGUUUUCUUGUACCCUGGGGGAGAAGUUUGAGGAAACUACAGCCGAUGGCAGGAAAACUCAGACCGUCUGCACCUUCACCGACGGCGCUCUGGUCCAGCACCAGAACUGGGAUGGCAAGGAAAGCACCAUAACAAGAAAAGUGAAGGAUGGGAAGCUGGUGGUGGAUUGUGUCAUGAACAAUGUGACCUGCACUCGGGUGUACGAAAAGGUGGAGUGAGCAUUUCAUCAGCACCCUCGACAGGAAUUAGCGGCGAGGGUGAACCCGCUCAGUUCAAUGAGCAGGUCAUGAAAAUCCAC